ACAUGUUGCCAGGUUGGUAAGGAUAUUCACCAAGCAAGUGGUUCACUGUAGCUUGUGUUGGUUAACCAGUGUAGUUUGUUAGCUGCUAGGCUAGCUUUAGACACUGCUAACACAUCCAUUACUAUGGCUUUUGGGUUCUGCCUUGGUGUGACCUUGCUCCUGUCUGUGUGGGCAACUGCAAAAUGUGAUAAUAUUCCCAAUGGAGCUCUCCAUAUGGAGUGUCGUGAUCGUUACUUCAUGAUAGCUGUUGAUCUCUCCUUCACUGGGAAUAAUCCUCACUUUGAGGCUGUUGAUGGGACAGGUGUGUACGUCAUCACUAAGCAGUAUGCAGCUCAGUGUGGCUACAGUGUCAGUCUUGUCCCUUCACUGGGCCGUCUGGAGCUCCGAGCCUCUUACUUCAGCUGUCACACUGACAACAAGGAUGAUGAGGUCUUCACAUUUAACUUCAACCUGAUUGCGACUCAUGAAGGAACGGAGGACAGCUACGCUCUGAACCAGACCUGUUCUCCCUCUCUCCCCUGGUCUCACAGAGAAAUUACCUGUGAGGAAAACUACAUGGAGGUGUCUGUGAGGAGUGAAGUCACCUGUCCGUCUGAGAAGAGGAAAGAUGACAUGAAUGCUGCUAUAAAAGCUGCAUCAUCCACUUCAGGCUGGCAGGUGAUAUUUCACAAAAAUGGGGAGCAGCUGGCGCCAAUGAGCGUUACUGAAGUUCGCGAUCAGGGCUAUGAGUUUGACUUGACCGAUGGAAGGCUUGUGUUUCGUACUCCGUAUGGACAACCUGACUCAUUCAGCACUGAAGUGAAUGGUGUUCCAGUAGAGGCUGUCCAUGCAACUCUGUUCUCCAAACAAAGCUGGGUGGUCCUCAUGGUCGACCUGGUGGCUGCUUGCUCCAUGCAUGAAGGGUCUUAUGAUGACGGCGGCUACAUGAUGUGGGAGACUCCUGAGGAGCUGCACCCGCUUUUGUCUGGUCUACAAGAGACUCAGGUCAACAUUGGAGUCAAUGGUGAACUUGUGGCGCAACCAGUUGCAGAGGAGAGAGGCUACAUUGUGGAGAAGCACAACACCACAGUUGAGAUCAGCAUCCCCUAUAAUGCUGAAGGAGGAUACAGGAAGAGCAUUGUGUCUGGCGACCUUCACGAGUUCUACAUCUUUGAUCUCUACUUGGAGCAAAUCUCUGUGGAUGAGGAUCAAGUUCACACCAGACUUCGCUUUCACAGGACGCUGGCUACUCCCCUGCUGUCACGCCCUGUUUUUACAGAGAACAGAACCGUUCUUGAGGAGCGUAUGUUCACGGUCUACCUCGGCGACGUCCCUGAAGACGUAGAGUUGGCUGCUGUUCAUUUGAAUGGAAUGGAAUUUUCAGUUCCCUUUACAAACACAAGCAGCCACAACAUCUCUAAAGUUGUUCACCCCAACAACACUCUUGGCUACACCCUGAAGGUGCCUUUUGAUGACCCUGUUGUGGUGCAGCAGUUCUCUAAAGAAAAUGCCGCGAUGCAGCACACACUGGACAUCAACUACACACUGACCGUCCUGCCUGAAAAUGAGCCUUUUUACCACCUGACAUCAGUCAUGGCAUUCACUGAUGCCUCUCCUCCAGCCUUUGCUGCUGUCUGCACUGAGUCCGGCAUCAUCUUCAAACUGGACCACCGGCCUUUUGACUACCUGUGGGACAUCGGUAUCGGCUCAGACCUGCUGACGCCGGAGCUGGCGGCUCAGCACGGCUACAUCAUGAGCAACGAUAGCCAGAGUCUGCUGCUGGAGGUGCCGCUCUUCUCUCACGGCUACGAGUACAAGGAUGUUACUUUGAAGGGCUUCUUUGGCACCUUCGAGAUCCUGAUGCGGGAUCAUGAGACAUCAGAGGUCCAGAGCUCGACUAUCAAGACUUGUCUGUUCUCUACUACUGAACUCAUUAUGUGUUCGACUGAUGGGAAGAUGACUGUGGUGGCUGACUUGUCUCUGGCCAUCUCAAGUGGAGGAGUUCCUGCUAGAACAAACCUGGCUGACAAAUACUGUGGCCCCAAAGAGACCGACGGCACCAGGGCUCUGUUCUCUUUUCCACUCAACAGCUGUGGAUCGACCAUCAAGCUCGGCAAGGAACAUGUGUCGUACGAAAACAAGAUUUUGUUCAGCAAGAAGCUGCAUGCUCUGAAAAAUCCAGGAGACUCCGGCAAUGACAUUGACAGGGUCACCAUGAAGUGUACAUAUGCUCUGGGUGGACUGUUUCGCCUCUUCUCAGUGUACAGGUUUGAGUCUGACACACCUGGUGUUGGACUUAUUGUCCAUUCUGUAAAAUCCACUGAAGGUGUACAGUCUCCCACCAUCGAGCCCACUACUGUUUCCACUGCCAGACGUACCAGAAGACCUUUCUCCGUAAGACCUGGUUACCGACCACCUGCUCAAUACAUCAAAGUACAAAGCAUUUUAAAGAAUAUCUCAAAGAAAGGUGCUAUCGGAUCCUCACAAGUUAACGUGACUCCAUAUUAAGGAUUGUAAUUGUAUUUUAAAUAUGAUCAAUAAAUUGUGUCUUAUACUCUGGAUUUGUCAGUGAGA